CAAAGUCGCGCGUCGUCGGCUUACUUGAAGCACAGAGCGCGAUUGUAGCCGGUGUCACUGUUCUUUAAUGUGAUUUCGCAAAUAACUGUUUUAUAGAGCAGUUACGUAUGGUAAAACGACUGGGUCAAGUUCGCGAGACCACCUCAUAGGCAGACAUGGCUUAUUACUCGGCCCAGGAAAAGCGGAAGGCGACUGAAGGAGCCUUGGUUCCUGUAAAGAAGCCUCGACAUGAUCUCGUUUCUGCCUCUGAUCACAAUAAGCGACUGCAGCUGGCUGACAUCAACCGCACUUCCAGUUUGGAGGCCCCCAUUAUGCUUCUUACAGGACACCAGGGUGAAAUCUACUGUGGCAAGUUCCAUGCAGAUGGAACAUAUGUGGCGACGUCCGGCUUUGACAGACAGAUCUUUUUCUGGAACACAUUAGGCGAAUGCGAAAACUUUGGCGUCCUUACUGGCCACACGGGUGCUAUAUUGGACAUGCACUUCUCCACAGACGGCAGCCUGCUGUUCACAGCAUCCACAGACAAGACACUUGGUGUAUGGGACACACAUGUUGGCGUGAGAAUCAAGCGCCUCAGGGGUCACACCCUCUACGUCAAUGCCUGUCACCCUGCUCGGAGGGGCCCACAGCUCAUCUGCAGCGGCAGUGACGACAGCACCCUCAAGCUCUGGGACACACGGAAGCGUACUCCGGCUCAUAGCUUCCAGGAGAGCUACCAGAUCACAGCAGUCUCCUUUAAUGACACAGCGGAGCAGAUCUUCUCUGGUGGCAUUGACAACCAGAUCAAGGUGUGGGACAUGAGGAAGAAUGCUGUGCUGUACAAGAUGGUGGGCCACCUUGACACCAUCACUGGCCUCUGCCUCAGCCCUGACGGCUCCUACCUUCUUUCCAACUCAAUGGACAACACAUUACGGAUUUGGGAUGUUCGUCCUUUUGCCCCACAAGAGCGAUGUGUCAAGAUCCUUCAAGGACAUAUGCACAACUUUGAAAAGAACCUGCUGCGGUGUUCCUGGUCUCCAGAUGGCAGCAAAGUUACGGCUGGCUCGGCUGACCGCUACGUGCACAUCUGGGACACCACGAGCCGUCGUCUGCUUUACAAGCUGCCCGGCCACAAUGGCUCAGUCAAUGAUGUUCAAUUUCAUCCCAAAGAGCCAAUUGUGCUGUCCGUUGCAAGUGACAAGCAGGUGUACCUUGGAGAGAUUGACAAGUGAACCAAUUAAUAAAGUUGUUCAGCCUACA